AUAAACAAUGAUACUAAAAUCCUGCCGGGGAAGCGAUUAUUACUGCAUGCCGUCGACAUCGGGGCCCAGAAGUCACCGAAGGCGUACCCGAUUCAAAAGAUGACGGAAAUGCGUGACGAAGGAAUCGUGGCAUUCAUUGGUCCCGAUGAAACCUGCACCGCCGAAGCACUGGUAGCAUCGGCCUGGGAUGUGCCCAUGAUUUCGUAUAAAUGCGCCGACAUUGCCGUGUCGGAUAAAACGGUGUACAGGAGCUUCGCACGAACACUACCGCCGGCCACGAAAGUAUCGAAGAGUGUAGUCGCGUUACUGUUGGCCAACAAUUGGCACUGCUUCACCAUCGUCGCCGGCCGGCAUCCAGCAUGGAGCAUGGAAAUUGCCCAAGCCAUCAAGCUUCAGGCGGAAUCCAACAAUCUUACGCUGAAUCACUUUCGCAUUUACUCCGACUACAUUCCCUCGAAGAUCUACAAACUGCAGCAGAUUGUGGACGAAACAUAUGAGAGUACCAGAGUUUACAUAUUUGUUGGCGAUCACAUCGAGAUGGUGGACUUUGUAAGAUGUAUGCAGAACCGCAAGCUGCUCAGUUCGGGCGAUUACAUCGUGAUUUCGAUUGACGAUGAGAUCUACGAUCCAAAUAUGAAGCGCAACAUCUAUCAAGGUACCUGGCCUCGUUCUUUCGGGUGCAAUCGGUACAAUUACAAGGAUAAGGAGCGGCUACAGGAAGCGUUCCAGUCGGUGCUCCGCAUUUCACCGCUCUUCCCGAUGAACCCCGAACGACAGGUUCCUAUCUAUGGUACGUACCUGUACGAUGCCCUCAUGAUCUAUGCUCGGGCGGCCACCGACGUGUUGCGUGAGGGUGGCGACAUCUCGAAUGGAACAUUGAUUAUGCGCCAUAUAUUUAACCGCUCGUACCACUCGAUCCAGGGUUUCGAUGUUUACAUCGAUGCGAACGGUGAUGCGGAGGGAAACUUUUCCGUUAUCGCGCUCCAGAAGGAUGACAAAGUGAACAACUCGCUGCAGAUGUCGAUGCAACCGGUGGCGCUUUUCGCGUACGGUGCCAAUGCGACGACGUUGCCCGAGUUUCGCUACCUGAACGCGAACCGGCCGAUCAUGUGGCUUAAGGGCCGGCCACCGGUGGCCGAGCCGGUUUGUGGAUUCUACAACGAAAAGUGUCGCCCAAAGGCGAAGGACUGGCGGUACAUCAGUGGUGCCUUCAUCGUGGUGCUGUUUAUGGCCAUCUCGAGCGUCAUUCUGUUCAAACACUAUCGCUAUGAGCAGACGUUGGCGUGUUUGCUGUGGAAGGUGGACAUGAAGGACGUUAUUCUAAUCACCUCGCCCGAUGCGCUGUACAACAAUGAGCUGCGAAAGAAUCUUUUUCAGGUUUGUCAACAGAGCAUCAUGGUGAAUACGCCAGCAGAUUCCAAUAAACGUGCCUACACAACGAUCGGACUCUUCCGUGGUAACAUUGCCGCCAUCAAGUAUCUCCACAAACGGUCAGUCGACAUCACGCGCAACAUUCGCAAAGAGUUGAAGCAGAUGCGCGAGAUCCGGCACGAAAAUCUGACGACGUUCAUCGGUGCCUCGGUUGACCAUGGUACGGUGGCCAUCCUGACGUCGUACUGUGCCCGUGGUAGCCUGGUGGACGUACUAUCGAACGAGGAUCUGAAGCUGGAUCACAUGUUCGUCUCGUCGCUGGUCAGUGAUAUCGUGAAAGGAUUGAUCUAUCUGCACGACAGUGACGUCGGUUCGCACGGGAAUCUUCGUUCCAGUAAGGUCUUGAUCGAUUCCCGAUGGGUAGCUCAGAUUGCUGACUUUGGGUUGCACGAAUUUAAAUCGGGACAAGAGGAACCGAACAAGUUCGAGAAAGAGCUACGCCGUAGUCUUUGGAAGGCACCGGAGAUACUUCGCGAUCCAAACAGUGCACCACGGGGGACCCAGAAGGCAGAUGUGUACUCGUUUGGCAUUAUAUUGUACGAAAUCGUAGGAAGAAAGGGCCCUUGGGGUGAUAUUAGCUUGAGCUGGCAAGAUAUCGUCGCUCGUGUAAUGGCACCGGAGGAGUAUGGUGUAUUCAGACCCUCACUGCGCGGUAUUGACGCACCGGAGUGUGUGAUGCAGCUGCUGCAAGCCUGCUGGGAGGAGGAUCCCGAGGAUCGGCCCGAUAUUCGAUUGGUGCGAGUGAAGCUGAAACCGAUGCAAGCGGGACUAAAACCCAACAUUUUCGAUAACAUGCUGGCCAUCAUGGAGAAGUAUGCCUACAAUCUGGAGGGCAUUGUCCAGGAGCGCACCAAUCAGCUGUCGGAGGAGAAGAAGAAAACGGAAUCGUUGCUGCUGCGAAUGUUACCCAAGAGCGUCGCUGAGUCCUUGAAGCGUGGUGAACGGGUAGAGGCCGAGUGUUUCGAUUGUGUCACGAUUUUCUUCAGUGAUCUCGUUGGCUUCACGGAACUGUGCGCCCAAAGCACCCCGUUCGAGGUGGUGGAGAUGCUGAACGAUCUGUACACGUGCUGCGAUUUCAUUAUCUCCAGCUACGAUGUGUACAAGGUGGAAACGAUUGGUGAUGCGUACAUGGUGGUGUCGGGACUUCCGUUGCGCAAUGGUGACCGACAUGCCGGUGAGAUAGCGUCGAUGGCGCUUCAUCUGCUGAAUUCGAUUUCGAAUCUUGAGAUACGCCAUCGACCGGGUGAGUUCAUCCAGAUGCGGAUUGGUAUCCAUUCGGGGCAGUGUGUGGCCGGUGUGGUUGGGUUGAAGAUGCCCCGGUACUGUCUGUUUGGGGACACGGUGAAUACGGCAUCGCGCAUGGAAAGCAGUGGCGAAGCGUUGAAGAUUCACAUCUCGUCGGUAACGUACGGGUUGCUGAAGAAGCUGGGCGGUUACAAGUGCGAGGAACGGGGCCUUAUUAAGGUGAAGGGUAAGGGGGAGAUGCGCACCUACUGGCUAACCGGUGAGGACGACCAGAAACGGAUGGAUCGGUUCGGUUCGAGUGACAUGGUUACGAGUCUUAAUCAAUCACAGACCAACCUGAGUCGACCAUCGUUACGGCGGAUGCUGACGGAUGCCGAGAAUUACGUGGCUCACCAGUAUAGUACCAGUGAUCAGCAGAUUCCGUCGGUCAGCCUGCUCAAUCAGCAUGGAUCGCAUCUGGGGUGCUACAUUUGUCACAAGCGGAAGCUGCACCUUGGCCUUCCAACGAUGGUUGAUAGUUCACAUCGGCUCUCCGUUGUCAGUGGUAGCUACGCUAUGGAUGAAGCCAUCUGCACCUGCCGUCAGCGGAACUGUGUGUUGGAUUACUACAACGACAACUUGAUGACCGUGCGAACAAUCCGUGAACCACGUUCCGCACCGCAGAUCACGUUCAUGCAGUGA